AUGUCAUCCGCAUCCACGCCGAUUGGCACGCCUCGGCCCGAGCAGCAGGCUCAGAAGAAUGGCGCAAAGAAGGAAGUCAAGAUAUUGAUGAUUCACGGCUACACCCAAUCCGGCCCCCUCUUCCGCGCAAAAACCCGCGCCCUCGAGAAACUCCUCGCAAAAACCCUCUCCCCAAUCUCCCUCCUCCCAGUCCUCAUCUACCCAACCGCCCCCAACCGCCUCCUCCCCUCCGACUACCCCGGCUUCUCCUCCUCCUCCUCCUCCGCAGCACCCCAAGAAGGCGGCGACUCCUACUCUCCCUCUUCCACCGCCGCCAACGACGGCGAGCCCCUCCCAGACACGUGGGCCUGGUUCCGCAAGGACGACGCAAACAACACCUACCGCCUCUUCAACGAGGGUAUGGCCACCACCGCCCAGGCCAUCCGCGAAGCAGGCGGCAUCGACGGCGUGUGCGGCUUCAGCCAGGGCGCCGCGAUGGCGUCCUUUGUCGCCGCCGCGCUCGAACCCGCGCGCGCCGUCCCUGAGGAUCCCAGCGGUGACUGGGCGCGUGAGCUGCGUGACGCCAACGGCGGCAGGCCCGUCAAGUUCGCCGUGUCCUGGUCGGGCAUGACGGCGGCGGGCGUCAAGGAGCUGCAGUGGCUGUAUGAGCCCAAGAUUGCCACGCCGACGUUGCACUAUAUCGGCAGUCUGGACGUGGUCGUUGACGAGAGCCGGAGUCGGGCGCUGGUGGAGGUGUGUGAGGACCCGGUUGUUAUAGUUCAUCCUGGGGGUCAUCAUGUUCCUGUGUCCAAGGAGUGGGUGAUGCCCCUGGCUGGCUUCAUCAGAAACCAUGUCAGCAGCAAUGAGAACUGA